AAGAAGUCCGCAAAGCUAUUCAAGCGCGCCGUGGAGCUUGGCAACGUGGACGCGAUGUCAAACCUUGCGCACUUGUACGAUAACGGAGAGGGCGUCAAGCUGGACAAGAAGAAGGCGGCGCAGCUGUGGCGCAUGGCCGCGGAUAGGGGCGACGCGUCCGCGCAGCAAAACGUGGCGCUCGUGUACUUCAACGCUGGACGAUUCGCGGAGGCCAUCCGUUUCUACAAGCGGGCCGCGGAACAAGGGCUUUCCGACGCGCAAUACAGCCUCGCCGUCUGCUUCGAACAAGGUAAGGGCACGGAGGUCGACCUCGCCGAAGCCAAACGCUGGUAUCGGAAAGGGGUUGAUCGCGGAGAGGCACAGUCUCGGAACAACCUCGCGGGCCUAUUAGGCGCGGAAGGACGCCAUCGCGAGUCCUUCGAGCUCGCCGCGGAGCUGUACGAGCGCGCCGCGGAGCUCGGAGAGGUGCACGCGAUGGUGAACCUGGGUAUGCUGCUGAGGACGGGAGAUGGAGUCAAUCAGGACCGGGAGAAGAUGUUCCAGCUGUAUCGCUCUGCCGCGGACCGCGGCUUCGCUUGGGCGCAAUUGAAACUCGGCAGCGAACUGCAUCAGGACGGAAAAGAUGAGGAAGCUUUUCCGUUCUUGAAACUGUCAGCAGAACAGGGCAAUGCCACGGCCGAGUUGUUCGUCGGAUAUUAUCUGUCGGGGUUAUGGCCAGGUGUCCCUCAGGACCGCGCAGAAGCUAUACGCUGGUUCGAGCGCGCGGCCGCCAAAGGCGACGAGGGUGCCAUCCGCGCUCUCGCGAGUGAGCUGGUUCGUACUUAG